AGCCGGUAGAUGUCACCAGCGCCGGAAUGGCGUCGUGCCCGACUUGCUUUAUUAAUUUAUCUAAUUCCGGAUAAAAACAGUGUUAAUAGUUACAGUUUGGCUAGUUUAUGGUCUAUAACAAAUAUUUGAACCAAUCAGUCAUUAGUUAUUUACGGUAGUUAGAUAAGAAAGGCUCAAAAUAUGUCAAAUUUAUUUCGAAAGGCUCGAAAACCUGGAAAACAAAUUGAAGAUUCUCUGAAGAAAAUUGUGGAACAUUUUCAAAGGAAGGGCCUUAAUUGCUACCACGGUAGGAUAGAUCGAAGUACAGCCGAAUUCCGACUACUACACGACGGGAGAAACGAAAAUGGAUUAUAUUUGAUAAGAAACGCAUCGAAUAGCAGCGGAGAUUACGUAUUAUCUUAUACAUCAAUAGAUGAGCUAUCGGGAAAAUUGGGGUGUAAACAUUUGAAUAUUUUACAAGUGAUUGUCUAUGGGCGAAUGGUAUCUCAAUAUGUUUACGGAAAGAAUACAUUUUUCGGUUUGGAUGAUCUACUAAAUCGGUUAAAGAAGAACCAGAUUAUUAAAAAACCGGUCAACUUUCAAAAUUUUAGUAAAUGUCUUCCGUUAUUUACAAUUGGAGCCAGUCUUACAACUUGCCUACACUCUUCUAUACAAUCGGAAAAUUACGAAGAGGCAAAUUCCAUUAUAGAUCAUCAAGAAUAUAGGAAGAGAGAUUUACUGAUUUUAAGAGAUUGUGAUGGAGAGUCGGCUAUACACUUAGCAGCUGAGGCUGGCUCUUUGAGCGUUGUUAAAAAAUUAGUUGAAGCUGGUGCAUUGAUUACACUAAGAAAUAAAUCCGGAUAUACUCCGCUCCAUGUAGCCGUUAAGUCCAAAAGAUUAGCUGUAGCUGAAUAUCUUAUUGAAAGGGGAGCGGAUGCAUUCGACCGUUGCUUAAAAGCCCCAUACAAUUCUUGUUUACACGACGCUGCCGCUACUGGACAGAUGGAUAUGAUUGAUUUACUAAUUAAGAACAACGCUCCUCCGUGGGUAUUUAACGUUAGGAAGGAAAUACCAAGCGCAGUUGCCGAGAGAGCUGGUCAUCAAGAAUGCGCUAAAUAUAUAGAGAAUGUACAAUUGCCUCCUGCCAGUAGCCAAAGGGAUAAUUGGUUUCAUCACAAUUUAACAAGACAACAAUGCGAAGAAUUCUUUACGAAAUACGACUUUGAGGAUGGUCUCUUUCUUAUUAGACCAUCUACUCAACCGUUAUUUUUAUCAUUAUCUUUGUGUUUUAAUAAUCUUCCUCAUCAUUUUAGAAUUAUGGCGAUUGAAGAUAAAAUGUAUCGAAUAGAGCCGGAUGGUACAACUUGGCCGACUUUAGAGCAUUUGGUAGACCAUUAUUCUGGAAGAAUGGAUGUAUUACCUUGUUUAUUAACCACAGGAAUUAGUCCUAUAAAUUUUAAGCCUAUCGCUGUUCAAUGUUCAAUGCCAAAAUUAAGAACCCUUACCGCUAACGAAAAUACGAAUGAAGGAUCGAUAGGAAAUCAUAAUUCGGCUUAUUUAGAAACUAUUAUUGAGAAUAGACAAGCAACGUAUAUAACCACUGCAAAUAAUCACGAAGAUCAUGAAACGGCCCAUAAAGUAAAAACGUUAUUGGAAAUAGAUAAGAAGAUGAUCACACUAGGUCAUUCAUUGGGUAACGGAGAAUUUGGUGUUGUAUUAAAAGGCACCUAUUCGAAUGAUGGAAAGAAAAAAAUUGACAUUGCUAUAAAAACUCUAUCAAACGUUGGAGAUAAUAACCAGUCAAGCAUAGAUCAAUUUAUGAGGGAGGCACAUAUUAUGAUGAAUUUAGAUCAUUGCAACAUUAUCAAACUAAUUGGUAUUUGUCGUGAUGGUACGACAACUAUGAUGGUACAGGAAUUGGCUAAAUAUGGGUCGAUGCUGGAUUAUCUAUUAGAUCAUAAAGACUCUAUCAAUCCUAAAAAAGAACUUUUAUUAUGGGCUUAUCAAGUAGCUUGUGGAAUGAGAUAUUUGGAAGAACAACGAUUUGUGCACAGGGAUCUAGCGGCAAGGAAUGUUCUAUUGGCCAAUAAUAAGGUAGCUAAGGUCGGCGAUUUCGGUCUAUCCAGAGCCAUGAGUGGUGGUGAUAAUGUAUAUCAAUCGGCCGAAGGCGGUAAAUGGCCUAUUAAGUGGUACGCUUUAGAGGCAAUUAUUUAUGGAACGUUUUCAAGCGCUUCCGAUGUAUGGAGUUACGGCGUUACAUUAUGGGAAAUGUUCACUUUUGGUAGUCAACCAUAUGGAGAUUUAAAAGGAUCAGCUUUAGUAGAGUUUAUAGAAUCAAAUGGUAGAUUAAAAAAACCUGACAAAGCUCCCGAAGAAAUAUAUCGCGUAAUGUCUAAAUGUUGGUCUGAAGAACCUGAAGAUAGGCCUACUUUUGAAUUUCUAGUCACAUUUUUCGGGAACAUGGACUUCGUUAGAUCAAAAUUGAAGAAAAAAUCAUAA